CAAAAGCUGAAGAAAACAAACAAAAAAAUCAAAAUCUGACAUAUUCAGAACAACAAAACAGACAAAAAGAUCUAUACGAUCACUGGUUUCAACAAGAACUAGCAAGAGGAAGACAACUAACUCAACAAAUUAAUUCCAGACAAACAUCACCACAAUUUAGACGAUCAAGAUCAUUAUCCACUAGCAACCAAUCACAAUUAACAGCAAGAGUCACUGAACAUAAACAAUCACGAAUAAUCAUAGACAAAACAGAUGAAUUUGACGAAAACACAUCACGAUUAUAUUGGGAUAGGAGUAUAACUCAAUAA